AUGUCCUCCCUCAUGGCCGUCGCCACUGCUUCAUUAAUCAUUCCUGCAGCGCUCUACUCAACCGUGGAUGUCUCGAAAGAGGAGGGAUUUUCUCUUGUCCUUAAUCUCUCCCGAGGUACUUCGGUCGUUUUACUCAUCCUCUAUGUACUUUAUCUGGUUUUUCAACUACAUACACACUCCGACUUCUUCGACGCGGAACUUCAGUCCGAGGACCAGGAAAAUACCUCCCAACAAGAUAGCAACGAACAAGAUACCCCUAUCCUUACAGUUAUCGAGUCUGGCGUUGUCUUAGUUGCUGUUACACUCGCGGUUGCUGUCUGUGCUGAAUACUUGGUUGGCUCGAUUGACAGUGUUGUUGGGAGCUCUGGAAUUAGCAAAACAUUCAUCGGAUUGAUUUUGAUACCAAUCGUGGGAAAUGCAGCUGAGCACGUUACAGCUGUGGUGGUGGCGAUGAAAAACAAGAUGGACCUUGCAAUUGGAGUUGCGAUAGGAAGUAGCAUGCAGAUUGCACUUCUUGUUACACCAGCCCUUGUUAUUCUCGGAUGGAUUAUUGGGCAGCCAAUGAGCCUUUACUUUCAGACUUUCGAAACAGUGGUUUUCUUUAUGAGCGUCCUUAUUACAAAUUAUCUGAUACAAGAUGGGAAGAGCAAUUAUCUCGAGGGGGCUAUGCUACUGGGAAUAUACACCAUAAUUGGGAUAAGUUUUUAUGUGUACCCAGAUUCAGCUGGAAAUUCGGGUCCACCCUAUUAA